CCACAACUAGUCAAAGGAAAAAAUGUAGCAUAUUGUAGGUAGCUCUUAUAACUAGGAAACUGAAUAGUGUGUCGAUCACACGUCUUGAGAAUUUUUCCAAGUGGAUUUCAAAUAAGCUGCUGCUUAAGUAGAUUUUGAAAUGGAGGUUCUUGUUCUGUAUGAUUUCGAGACACAGUUGGAUGAUGAGCUUAACAUAAAGUCUGGUGAUGUCAUCAAGAAUGUCCGAAAAGCAACUGAAGAAGGAUGGCUGGAAGGAGAGCUGAAUGGCAAAAGAGGAGUUUUUCCAAACAGCUUUGUGAAGGAAAUUCCCACAGAACUAAGAGGCGAUCACAAAAAACAACCAAGAAGCAUCCGAAAAGCAAAGUCCAUGAAAAAGGUCACAAAAUUGUGUGAAGUUGUAUUUGCAUAUUCUGCGCAGAAUCCGGAUGAGCUUGAGUUAAAUGUGGGUGAGAAGGUGGAAUUUGUCAAAGAGAUAGAAGAUGGCUGGUGGCUGGGGAAAAAAGAUAGCAAAAUGGGGGCCUUUCCAUCAAAUUUUGUCAAGGAACUUUCACCUCUGAUCCACAAUGAACUGAAUGACUCUUCAAAACAGUCAAGACCGAAAUUUCCCGAAGCAAUAAAUAACCAAGAAGUGAAAGAAACUGAGGUGCAACAGAAUAUCAGUGUGCUGCAGAGACAUGAUAAACAUCCAGAACGAUGCAAAGUAAUGUUUGACUACACUGCCAGUGUUGAAGAUGAGCUAGACUUGAAGAAAGGUGAUAUUGUGACAAUAAUCAAGAAGUCAACAGAUGAUGAAGGAUGGUGGGAGGGAGAGCUGAAUGGAAAAUGUGGCUUGUUUCCUGAUAAUUUUGUGAUGCUUCUUCCUCAUGAUACGGUCUCGUCUGAUAGCAACCAUAAACCUCCAGAAAGGAAAGGAGCCGCAAAGAAGACAGGAUGGACACCAGAUUCAGGCCUGCAUAUUGGAAGCAAAACAGAUGCAUCAGAUAUGGACAAGAAAGCAGCAGGCCACAGCAAACUUGAGGCCACUCUUGCCAAGGUCAACCAGAAAGAUGAUAAAAAGGAGAACAGCCAGUUUAUGAUCGACCACCUCAACAAAGUUUUUCCAGGUCCUCCAAAGAAGGUUCCUCCACCAGUGAAGCUCAAACCAGUAAAAAACAAGACGAAUGAGGACCAGCCUUCAGUACUUGUCGAAAAUGAAAAGGAUCAUCCUAAAGAAACAGAUGAGUUUGAUGGAAUUCAUGUGACCUCCGAGAAACUGAGUCAUCCCACUGCAAACCGUGCUAAACCUCAAGGAAGAAGACCUCCAACACCCAAUACGUGUACAAAAAUUCAAGAUUGUGCUAAGAAAGAAGUUGAAAUAAAUGAAAAAACUGAAGAUAACGAGCCAUCCGGUGGAAAACCAGGUCUACCAAAGGCUGCAGAAAAGGUGUUACCUAUAGCAACAGUACCAAAGAACAACCACAGUACCUGCCAGCUUCCAAUACUAACUACCCCACUGGACACGAGAGUAAAGGGAGAGGAGACCAUCUGUCUAGAGAAGCUCAAGAAAGAGAUCGAGGAACUCAGCUUGGGGAUGGAUUUGCUCAGGAACCAGUAUCUGAGAGAUAUUGAAGACUUGAAAAAUGAAAUAUUUGAUGAAAGACAGAAGCGGAUAGCCCUGCAGGAGGAAGUGGAAUUGCUGAGAAAACUAACUGGUACACCUUAAUGAGAUGCUCCAUUACGUUAAAGGAAAGCACCCAAAAACUGAGGAGAACCAGACGACGACUGCUGCUAUUUCUUGUGUAAAAUGCCAAUAAUGUUUGAAUUCUCCAAUCUGACCUUUCCGUGUAAUAGUGUAGGUAUUCCAGCAUGCACUGCAGGAUUUCAGUUGGUGUUUAAGACCUUGAACUGAGUUAACAAGCCUACUCCAAUCCCAAGGAUAUGCUCCACUAAUUUUCCUUCACUUACUUCUGAGCAGGAGAAAAACGGCCAUUCAGUAGGUGAAUGUUAUGUUAUGCAAUGUUUUACUUUUAGUGCCUUGGACCCCAAUAAAAUUACGUAAUUUAUGUAUUGAAAUAAUGUUACAUUGAAGGUACUGUAAAUUGUCGGUGCCUCAUCCUCUCUGAGAAUAUUUUUUUUAUUUUACAUGCUAUUUUUGAUUAAAACAAAAAAGUUUCAGUUUUAUUAACAUCAGGUGUCUUUGUGCCUGUCAAGCUUCAGCAGCUGGCAUGUGUCAGAUCGGCUUGGUUGUUCACCAUUUAUAUAUUUAUAAUAUUUUACCAGAGAUACUAACACAGUAUUUAUUGACAAGUCUCACACUUUACCUCACCAUGCAAUCACAUACUCGUCUGAUUUUUACAAUGUGUUUGUGCUUUUUAACCUUUGCUUCUAUUGACUUGUGGCAUACUGCCAGCCUGAGAAUCUGGGCAGCCAUGUGGAACUUUGAAGACACAGUAGCUCCUUCAGCCUUGGACCCUGCAGGCCUGAAAGCCACACACCUCUUGAGCUACAGCCGAGUGUCCCCGUCUGUCCCCUGGGCUUUCUGACAUUGCUGUGCACACCCUCUGUCACAUUUUUCUGUUUCUAAGAAGUGUCACUGGCAUCGUUUCGUUAGUAUAGAAAUGUAACCCACAGCCUCACACUACCUGAACUAAGCAUUUACUAGAUGAAUAACUGUAUCGAAAAGAAAUGUUUUAUCUAUGGACACAAGGUGAAGUAAAAGUCACUCUAGAGCAUAACGUGUGAUCAACUAAAUAAUAUUAUUUUUGUAUUGUCUUCUUCAAUUCUAUUUUUCUACUGCUGAAGCUUACUAUCAUUAUAAAAUGUGACAUUUUGCAGUAAUGUUAAUUACAAGUUUACAGUGACUUUUGCUUCAAUUAGUGUUGUCACCCUGCUUUGUGUAUUUAUACUUCAUUAAAAUACCUGUUGACACAUCA